AUGGCCAAGAUAGUGGAGAUAGUCGCAUUUCUUCUGCGUCCAAGACGGAAGACACUCAUCUUCUUACUCGUAGUCAUAUGGUUGGCCAUCUCAAGUCUACUUUACCAUAAUUACUACGAUCGGUCCAAUGCCUACCUUGAAGGUUCAAUCUACGAGGGUCAGGACACUAAGAAUCCGGUGGGAGGUGGCCCCUCUAGAGCAGAGUUGGAGCAGCAGAAGAUCGCUAAGACCAAAGAGACCAUAGCCAACAAUAUUUCAUUCCAGAUGCUCCAAAAGCAGAGUAAUACAAAAGACAUAAGAAACAUCGAGGCGCAUCUGUCUAUAUAUGACAUAAUCUUUGCCAAUCACGACGUGAACAGUGUGUUGGCGCACUUGAGUUUCGAGCAGAGAUGUGACUUGUACUUCACCAACUUGUACACCUCCGAUACCAAUUGGUACUUAAACCCAGAUGAGCAUUUACCCUUGGAGAACAGGGACGAGUUCAAAUAUGCCGACUACAAGCGUAAGAAGACAGGCGAAUUAAAGGAGGAAAUCGCCAAGGACAAGGAUAUCGAGAAGGAUGAUGUCAAGGAAGAUCAGGAAUUCGAGGAUAAGAUGAAGGAAAAGUAUUUGGAAUUCUGGAGGAAGACCCAAAGGACGGAACAAAAGGUUGUUGACUACGUAUCGCAUUUAAGAAUCUUCAACAAAUGUUAUGUGACGAGAGAUAACGUAAUAGAAAGCGAUCUGACAACUAAAUUCAUAAAAAAGCAACAAUCUUUCAUCUCGGCUCUUUCCGAGGCCUCUCCAGGUGCAAAUGGUGAGAAUAUCUUGACACCAUUCACACAAAGUGAAGCUGAAAGAAGAUUAAAUACAGAUUCCUUUAGAACCUGCUCACAAAUUGAAGGCAGGCUCUACCCAUGGUUGUCCAUGCAAUACCCCACAUACGAAAGGUGGACCAAAGAAGUCUUUUAUUCACCACCUAAGAUUUCCAAGUUCGUCAAGGACUCCGUAGUUCACGAACCUUCAAAUGUUGCAGCACACAACGGGAAGGGUAAGGGCAAAAAGGUGCGUUCUAAAUUGACAGGAAAGAAGAACGAUUGUUUCGUUUCCAAUUUCAAGAACUCCCUUAACGGUAAGGGUAUUGUCUUGUCCAUUGCUGACCAGCAUGUUGAUGAUACAGUCAGACAAAUAUUGUUGCUCAGAGCUCUCAACAACAAGUAUCCAAUCCAGAUUGUUUAUAACGGUGGACUCUCUGAGGAUAGUAAGCACAGAAUUGUCGAGGCUGCAAGAGAGGCCUUUUCAUCUUUACCAGAUUCUUUUAAGACCGUCGAAAAAUACUUUCCUUCAGAUUAUUUGGACCCUAAAGAUCAUGGUCUCCCUAAACAAGAAGUUUGGUUUGUUAAUGUGGCCAAUGUAGUUCCUGACAAGUACAAGGGUAAAUUCGGCGGAUUUGGAAAUAAAUUUCUUGCUGCUCUUUUUAAUUCCUUUGAAGAAUACAUGUUGGUGGAUGCUGACACAGUUAUGGUUCAAAAUCCCGAUUUCUUUUUCAAAUUGAAGAAUUACAAGGAAUUGGGAGCCUACUUUUAUAAAGAUCGUGCUGCUCCACAUUUCAGGCCACUUGCCGAUAGCACUUUCUUCAAAAAGAUUACACCUGGCUUAAUUGACCUGGUUAUGUUUGAUAUACCUAGUAUAUCUAAGAAAUCUUUCGAUUACGAAUUUUUCCACGGAAUGUUCUACUAUAUGGAAUCUGGACUCGUAAUGAUCAACAGAAACUUACAUUUCAAUUCUAUCAUGAUGAUGGUCCAGAUGAAUUUCUUCCAGACCGUAUCAGGAAGAGUGUAUGGUGACAAGGAAAUUUUCUUCUUGGCGUUCUUGACCGCUGGUGAAGAAAACUUCUAUUUCAAUGACUACUUUGCAGCAGCUAUUGGGGAAGAAACCCCAAUGGACGAAAGAGUCGACGAUAAAAACCCUAAGACUUUACUCUCUAAGGAGAUUUGUGCAGCUCAUCCUGGACAUAUCAGUGCCGAAGAUGGUAAAUCUUUAGUUUGGUUCAAUUCUGGUUUCAGAUUCUGUGGACAAGCCUUCAAAGUGAACUAUGAAAAAGAAUUUAAAGAAGGUAGAAGGUAUAAGUCAUUUGCUGACCAAAAGCAAAUGGAGACGUUUUACAAGAAUCCUGCUACAUUGAGACAUGCUAUAGUUCCACCAUUCAAAAAUAAGUUGGAGACAUUGGCUGACAAUGUAGCUGGUGAGCCAAAAGAGGCAUGGCAUAUGGAUACUGGGUAUUGUAACUCAUACCUUUGGUGUGCUUAUGAUAGAAUUGGAGGGCAGACUGAUAAAGGAGAUGACAGCACUCAAAAGGGAACAUUUAUCGAAUUUGACCAAAAGUCUGUUGAUUUAUUUUCAUAUUAUGGAGACAUUUGGGUAGGAAAAGAAUAG